AUGGACGCGAAGGACUCGGCAGCUCCCAGAGACAGAGACAUCGUGCAAUUCCAGACCUAUGAGGAUUAUCUGGAUUCCAAGAUUACGCCUUUAGAUCUUUACUAUCUUGAGGAUGAGGAACUUGCUCGCCAGCUCAUUGAGUUAGGCUACAGGGGCAGCUCUGGAGUCCUGAAAAGAGAGGAAUUCGAGGCCCAGAGAGUGGCUGAACAAGCCGCCAGGCUCUCCAAAACUAACCAACCAAAGACGUUGGCGAGUGCAGGAAAAGAGCUCAAAGAUAACUUCCUGAGAGCUCUGGCUGGGCGUGAGGAAGCCAACCUCAGUGGGAAAAGGACUUCCAUCAUUUUCAUAAGGGACCGAACAGGCCUUGGACAGGAAAUAUCUGGGUAUAUUGACUACUCCCACAGACUCCGAACCGAAGACUUUGAACCGUAUUUCAGUGGAAAGAAGAAGCUCUUGCCAAAACCGUCUGACUUAAGCUUCUACAACUGGGAGACGCAGGUGGCGACGUCAAACGACAGCGCGAACUGGGAGGUGAUCACGACGAAUCCCAACGGUCUGCUCUUCAGGGUCAAACACGGUCGAAAGAUCCUGAACGUUGACCCAGAGGUAUCACCAGGCGAUAACUUCUCCAGGACUCCCAUUCAGACGGACCUCUACACACAGGUUGUCAUUUACGACUCCGUCGUCCCGCGGUUAGGGGCCUAA